UUAUAAUUUCUCUCUGCCACUAUUUUUCUUCAUCGUUCACUUCAGUCUCAACUCUCAAAAGAUAAAAACCAUAAGAAUAAUUUAAGAGAAAAAUGGAUCGCAGAAGCGCGUUUGCCGUUGCAUUGAUUUGCAUUGUGGUAGCUGGUGUCGGCGCCCAAGCUCCGAGCGCCGGGCCCUCUAAAGCUCCGCCGGCAGCGAGUACGCCAGCUACUGCUCCCGUGAGUAAACCUAAAACUCCAGCUCCAACUGCUGCUCCUACUACUUCUCCACCAACUUCUUCACCACCUGCUUCGUCGCCACCGACUGCAGCUCCGAAGAAGUCCGCAGCGAUUCCGGCUCCAUCUAAAUCUUCUCCGGCUUCUUCACCACCGGCUGCUACACCAGAAAGUUCUUCACCGGCUCCAGUCCCUGUGAGCUCUCCUCCAGCAGCGAAAUCUCCCCCCGCUGCUGCACCGACAACUCCUCCAGAGAGCUCCGCCUCUCCUCCUGCUCCUGUUGCGGCACCAACCGCAGCUGAGGUUCCUGCACCUGCUCCAAGCAAGAGUAAGAAGUCUAAGAAACACAAUGCUCCCGCACCUUCACCUGAUCUUCUUGGACCUCCAGCUCCACCUACUGGAGCUCCCGGACCUAGCCUCGGCGCUUCCUCUCCCGGCCCUUCUGUCGCUGCGGAUGAGAGUGGAGCAGACACAAUGAAGAGCGUGCAGAAGAUAAUAGGAGGAUUGGCGUUGGGAUGGGCGGCCAUUGCAUUGAUCUUCUAGAGAAGGAGAGAUUUGGAUCUGAUGCUGCUUUAUUUAUUUAGUUUUCCUUUUCUUUAUAGAGCCUGGCAGUGCGACUUUAAAAAAAGAAAUAAAGCAGCACUCUCAUAUGUGAGAUAGCUGGUGUGGUUUUACUCUGCCACGUUUGCUUUGCAAUUC